UAAAGUCUGAACUCUGAAACCAUGUUUCUUUAUUGCAAGCUUUCUUUGUUACGAAGGAAAUCAAAGUUGCACUCCAGUGACUCCCGCUGCUCUGUACUCGAAUGAUACAAUAGAAUUAUACAGAUCACAUUUCAACAAUUUGUCAACGAUUGCCCGAUUCAUCGACUAACCUAGACUUUGUAAUCACAGUUUAUAAGACAGCCUGAGCCUUUGCUCUGAGAGUAAGCAAAUUUUGGAGACAAUGAAGAAUGAAAAGACGAGGUGAAUUGCGGGCGUCGUCGAGGUUACAUAUUUACACCUGGCAGAAGUGAACUGAUUAUAGCAACAAGUGCUUCGAUAUGAAUUCCAACGACAUUUUUACACCAGGUGGAAAUAUGUCUAACUUGGGUAGUAAAUUUGAGUUUGAAAACACAAGCAGUCAUCAAAGCUCAAAUCGUGAAAACAUUCGCCUGCUUGAGCACAGUAACCAACAGGAAAAUAAUCGAUAUUGUGAAACGUUGUACUUUCGCGAUGGAAAGAAAAAAAUUGAUUUUGUUUUGGUGUACGAAAACAAAGGGAGCGAACAGCAGAAAAAAGCUCAUAAACGAAGAAUCUACGAAGAAAAUCUCGUGGAACAGUUUGGAUUGGAACUCGAAAAAGAUACCUCUUUGCAGGAUAAAAAUGUACACUUUGUGAAAGUUCACGCACCAUUAAGUAUUUUGUUCGAAGUGGCAGAGCAACUUAUGAUAAGAAUGCCCGUCAAAAACUUCGAUCAUUCGUCGUUCAUGCUAAAAGAGUCGAAAAAGCUGAACAUUUACCGUAGAUUUCGCUCUCGUUGGCGAAAUAUAGAUCCGUUUGUGAAUCGACGGAUAAAUAUUGAACCUGCAGAAAAAUCAGUGACAGCCACAUUUACUUACGCUAAUUGUCGUUCGUUUCAAUCUAAAAAAUGGACAGUUGUUCUUUGAUAACGCUGACCGUAGUCGCAUGGUGUAUCGCAUGCUCCAGAUGACGUCAUUCGGUCCUGAGGAACAAGAUUAUGGCAUUAUGAGUUUGUGUGAUGAUGGCACGUACACCGCUACAUACCCAUUGCAUGAUGGACCGUCUAAGCAGAAAGAUGGCGUGGCUAAUGACAGGCAAAAACUGCGCUCUGAUUGGUCUUCCUUUCGAAGAAUGUUUACCUAUCAGCCAAUCAACAUCGUGCGUCGAUAUUUUGGUGGUAUGAUAGGGUUCUAUUACGCAUGGCUUGGUGUUUAUAUUUCAAUGCUUGUCCCGGCAGCCAUUGUUGGUUUAUUAUGUUUUCUCUACGGUAUUGUGAGCCUGCAGUCGUUUGAACCAGCAAAUGAAAUUUGUGACGAGAAAAACGAACAACUGUUUUAUAUGUGUCCACAAUGUGACCGUCAUUGUAGUUUUUGGAGUCUAAGAACGAGUUGCUAUUUUGCUCAGGUCAGUCAUUUAUUCGACAACGAGGCUACAGUCUUCUUUUCGGUUUUUAUGUCAGUAUGGGCUACUCUCUUCCUGGAGUACUGGAAACGAGUGCAAGUGCGUCUUGGAUACGAAUGGGGAGUACAUAAUUUUAUUGAUGAGUACGAACUCCCGCGUCCUCAGUUCAUUUUCUCCGUACGGACAAAACGAAAGAAUCCUGUGACAGAUAAACUGGAGCCUUAUGUUCCUAGUAUGACGAGGAUAAAAAGAAUCAUGGGAAGCCUGGGAGUGAUUUUCUUUAUGGGAUGUGUCGUCGUUGCAUCCAUCGCUGGAAUUGUCGCUUACAGGGCAUCCGUGCUUGCCGUAUUAUAUGCAAAUUCAAAUAAUGACGUAAGACAAAAUGCCAAAUUGAUGACGUCAUUUUCUGCAGCAAUCAUAAAUCUUGUGUUUAUUAAAAUUUUAAGUUUCGUCUACGUGAAAUUAGCCGUUAUGCUCACGGAUUGGGAAAACCCACGGACGAAAUCAGAAUAUCAAAACUUGCUGACGUUUAAAAUGUACGUCUUUGAGUUUGUCAACACAUACUCCUCGCUCUUCUACAUCGCAUUCUUCAAAAGUAGCUUGCUUAUAGGAAAUCCAACAAAAUAUCAUCGUAUGAACGAUAGAAGAGUCGAAGGUUGCGAUCCAUCCGGUUGUCUCACUGAUCUGUGUAUACAACUGGCUGUAAUCAUGAUAGGAAAGCAAAUUUUUAGUUUUGUACUUGAGUUUUUUUAUCCGUCAGCGGUUCGCUCGUGGAAUAAAUGGUGGUAUAAACCGAGCGAUGAGAACAGGAAGUUGCCACAAUGGGAAUCCGAUUAUUUAUUAAAUCCUGAACCAGAUUUCAGAAUGUUUUACGAAUAUCUUGAGAUGGUGAUACAGUUUGGUUUUGUGACAAUGUUUGUCGCCUCGUUUCCAUUGGCUCCUCUCUUUGCCUUAAUCAACAACAUUUUCGAACUACGAGCUGAUGCGACCAAUUUUGCUGUCAAUUUUCGUCGUCCAGUUGCCGGGGAAGUUAAGAAUAUUGGAAUAUGGUUUAGAAUUCUGGAAAUCUUGACUAAAAUUUCUGUCCUUGUGAACUCCUUCGUUAUUGCAUUCACUACGGACUUCGUACCAAGAUUGGUAUAUAUCUUUGGUUACAGUGAAGAUGGUACGCUAAAAGGUUAUGUCAAUAACUCUCUUUCGUACAUAAAUAUAACGGAUCUAGAACCUAGUGCCAUGCCUUUAAAUCGAUUUAAACAUCUCAACUAUACAAAACCAUAUUGCAGAUUCAAAGAUUAUCUGGAAGCUUCGCCAUCGUACAGAUACAGUAAACAAUUCUUUCACGUCACUCUUGCUCGUGUAGUUUUUGUUUUGAUGUUCCAAUAUGUUGUAUUUUUGGUCAAAGACCUUCUCGCCUGGCUUGUGCCGGACAUUCCCAAAUCCUUACUGGUGAAAAUCAAACGAGAAAAUCACGUGGCUCGCUUGUGCUUACAAAAGAGCGAGGUACAGGCAACCCAAGAAAUAUCUUUGAAUUGCACGCCUUAUCAAUCGUGCGAGUCGUUGAAUCUCGCUGAAAACGUGCGAAAUUCGAUCGUUUAGUUUUUAUCACUAUAUAAUAAUAAAUUUUGGUAUAAACAUAUCAGAAUCAUCGCUCAAUUGCAAGCUCCUUUCACGUUUCUGUGUCAGAAUGCUUCGGCUAGACGAGUAAAUCACCCCCUUCACUUCUCUAAGAUUUUCAAGACUUUAUCUUCAUUUGUACAGUUAAAAUAUAUAAGUCAGUGUAAAAGCCAUUUCUCUAGGUUUGCUAACCCCCUCAAAAAUAUCUUGCCGGCGUCACUGCUCAUAUUCUUGAGUUGCAAUUCAGCCAUGUUGGUCGUCUGAUACAAAAGAAUAUUUUAUCAGUGUUAUUGUUGGCACCAGCGACGUUAGCGCGCAACAUUGUUUGGUAAAUCUCAAGAGAAUGGUUGCAAGUCAAGAAUACGACCACACAACGCUCCAAAGACAACAGACAGCGUUUCCAACAUCGCGAUUUAUUAAAGGAGUUGAAGUAUUUUGGUAUUUUUAUCAAAAAAAAUCGCUACCAAAACCAUUUAGCUUAAAGACUCUACUAGUAGAAAUAGAAUGGUGCGGCUAAAAGAUAAUGAUCGAAUUUUUGAUGUAAAAGAUCAAGAUCCAUGUAUAUAUAGAGUGCAGUGGCAGUGACUCGUCCCUCUGAGGAAGCCUGGAAAUGAAAGUUGGAAAUUCGGAAUUUUUUAAGGAAUCUCGGAAUAUUUUUGGAGUUACUUCGAGUUUAAAAAGAAUUACACUUGGCAAAACAAGACCAUCUCUGACUGUGUGUCAUUUUAUACAUUUUUUUGUUCUUAGUCGGAUUUAAAAUCUCUUAUACAGACUAUGGCGCUUAACUAAACAACAAUUGAUGUAAAGCAAUGAUUUAAUGUUAGCGGGAAAUAAUGAAUGUUUCAAGGAAAAUUUGAAUUUUUCCCGUAAAAGGUCUUCACUUUAAACUCAUAAACACCCUGUACUUUAAA